GCAGGGAUGUCUUCGUACGAGGAGCCCGCGUUAACGGGGAGUUACGACGUUGUGGGGUCGUUUCCCAAAAGUUUUGGCUACGAGGUGGAAGAGGAGAGCUCCCCGUCAGCUGACAAACCGAGGAUCCUGCUGAUGGGGCUGAGGCGGAGUGGAAAGUCCUCUAUCCAGAAGGUCGUAUUCCACAAGAUGUCGCCCAACGAGACGCUGUUCCUCGAGAGCACCAACAAAAUCUACAAGGACGACAUCUCCAGCACCUCCUUCGUCAACUUCCAGAUCUGGGACUUCCCUGGCCAGGUGGACUUCUUCGACCCCACAUUCGACAGCGAGAUGAUCUUCAAGGGAACCGGGGCUCUGAUCUUCGUCAUCGAUGCUCAGGAUGAUUACGUCGAGGCUCUCGGGCGGUUACAUCUCACCGUAUCCAGAGCCUUCAAAGUGAAUCCAGACAUCAACUUCGAGGUGUUUAUUCAUAAAGUGGACGGCCUGUCAGACGACCACAAGAUAGAGACACAAAGGGACAUUCAUCAGAGGGCCAACGACGAUCUGGCAGAUGCAAACCUGGAGAAGCUUCACCUCAGCUUCUACCUGACCAGCAUCUACGACCACUCCAUAUUCGAGGCCUUCAGUAAAGUCGUCCAGAAGCUCAUUCCUCAGUUGCCAACGCUGGAGAACCUUUUGAACAUUUUCAUAUCUCACUCUGGGAUCGAGAAGGCCUUCCUGUUUGACGUUGUCAGUAAGAUCUACAUCGCCACAGACAGCUCUCCUGUGGACAUGCAGUCCUACGAGCUCUGCUGCGACAUGAUCGAUGUUGUCAUCGACGUCUCCUGCAUUUACGGGCUGAUGGGGGAUGGCAGUGGCUGUGCCUAUGACAAGGAGUCUUUGGCUAUCAUCAAGCUCAACAACACCACGGUGCUUUAUUUGAAAGAGGUCACAAAGUUCCUCGCUCUCGUCUGCAUCCUCAGAGAGGAGAGCUUCGAGAGGAAAGGUUUGAUAGAGUACAACUUUCACUGUUUCCGGAAAGCCAUCCACGAAGUGUUUGAAGUCGGCACCUCGCCUCAAGACGUCAGCUCGACCAGCAACAACCUGAGCACGGGGCUGAAGUACGCCGCGCUGAACGGGAACGCUGUUUAAAGGAGCGGAGGAUGUGUGAGAGUCAUCAGUUUACGCUGCCUUACUGUAUGCAGCUGAAUGUGAAUGAUAAAGAACUGAACUUAUGCCAAAAAAAAACUACCAAUGGUCCGACUUCCUGCACAUUUAUCGGUAUCGAGACGUCAGCUGUGUUUACCUGCUCGGCCAGUAAGUUCUUUUUAACUACUCUGCAACAUAAAAAUACUCCUUUUAAAGAGACGUGUAAUCCAGUUUAGGUACUUAUAAUCAACAUCAGCUCCUCUUGACUCCAUGAACUAAACUCUACAGUCCAAACUUCCUUCAUGUUUCUGCUCAUUUUACUUUGAAAUAUUGAGUGCUGUAAGUGGAUUUAAUCCCCAGAGUGAAAAAAAAAGAAAGAAAGUGUUUGUUUUACUGUGUGUUUUCUGUUGAUAAUGACUCAUGUGACCAGCGGCCAGCCGGGGCUCUGCUCAGGAUCCAAACAGACCAGUACCGUGCCAGUUACACCAUUAGAGCCCCGGGUUGAUGAACAGCAUGUUGGUCUUAAUGGAGUCUGGAAAUAACAGAUGAUGCUCGGACAAAGCUGCCACGCCUGCUGACGGUCUGACGGCUUUUUGUAGCUUUGGGAGGAAACUUUUGACCAAAUUUACUCCACACAGAUUCAGUUUGUAGCCGUUUGUUUUGCUUUUCGGUGUGAGCGUUGACAGAUAUUUCAGAGAUUUGUUUCUUUUAUUAUUGUACAUAAUUCUUUAAUAAAAUAUGUUUCAUAUUUUCACAA